AUGCCAACUGCACCAAUUUGGAGUAAUCUUUUGUUGGGCAAUUUUAGUAGUCGGUAUGGCUAUGGAUUUGAUACAACUACAACAUCUUGUUCAUGUCAUUUCGGACGAACAACUGGUGUAUCAGAGUCACAAAUGCGUGUCUUGAAAGAAAACAUUUUAUGUAACAAAGUAUAUAGUCGCAUUGAUCAAGUUGUAGCUAAACUUGGCGAAUCCAUCGAAGCAAUGGAAAUACAAUAUGCUGACCAUUAUGUACUCAAUCAAACGAAAACUCGCUUGUUACCUGUGCCAAUGGGCAUAUCAUCUUAUAUGAUAUCUUUACUUUCUCAGUGUGUUCGUGUACAAUCAAUGUUACGUAGUGUUCAUAAUCGCAUUACUCUUACGUUUAUGUAUGCUUGA